CCCUCCUCGGUAGGGGGGCGUGGAGGCAACCGGGAUCAGCCUGGGGCCAGCAUGAGCCGGAGGGAGGGCAGUCUGGAGGACCCCCAGGCUGACUCCUCAGUCUCACCCCUUCCCCACUUGGAGUCCAAGAUCCAACAGACACACAGCCUUGCCCGCCUCCUCACCAAAUAUGCUGAGCAGCUGCUCCAGGAAUAUGUGCAGCACCAGGGAGACCCCUUCGGGCUGCCUGGCUUCUCGCUCCCGCGGCUGCCGGUGGCCGAUCUGAGCGCUCCGGCCCCGGGCCACGCGGGCCUGCCGGUGCCCGAGCGCCUGCGGCUGGACGAGGCUGCGCUGGCUGCGCUGCCACCGCUGCUGGACGUCGUGCGCCGCCGCCAGGCAGAGCUGAACCCGCGCGCUCUGCGCCUGCUGCGGCGCCUGGAGGACGCGGCGCGCCAGGCGCGGGCCCUGGGCGCCGCCGUGGAGGCCGUGCUGGCCGCGCUGGGCGCCGAGACCCGCGGGCCCCAACCGGAGCCCGCUGCCGCCGCCAUCGCCGCGGCCACUGCCACCGCGGGCGUCUUCCCGGCCAAGGUGCUGGGGCUCCGCGUGUGCGGCCUCUACCGCGAGUGGGUGAGCCGCACCGAGGCCGACCUAGGCCAACUGGCGCCCGGGGGCCCGGCCUGAGAGCGG